AUGGCAACCGUGGCAACUGUUUCUUCACUUGCCAUAUCAGUACCUACUUCCGUUGGCCAACUACCUAACGACCAUUUAAACCGUCAUUACGUCAGCUCCAUCUUUCAUAACUGUAAGCAGAGAGCUUCAUUUCUCCAAUCCUUGCGUGCCCGGGGACGAUUAGAAGAGGCUUCGCAACUACUACUUGAACUAGACGACAAUGGAUUUUCUCGUUGCCGGCCCAGCAUCUUCGACUAUAACAAACUACUCACGUCUCUCACUAAACAAGGAAGAUUGGAUGAUGCACGUAAACUGUUCGAUAAAAUGCCAUAUAGAGAUGAGUUCUCUUGGUCUACCAUCAUUUCUUCUUAUUCCUGGUGUGGGAAUUCCUUGGAAGCGUUUCAUUUGUUUGAGGAAAUGUUGGAAGAAGGCUUUAGGCCCAAUGACUUUACCUUGGGAAACCUCCUCAAAGCAAGUUCUUUUCUUAGGGAGGUUUCAACCGCCAGACAGCUCCAUGGGUGGUUAAUACGGGCUGGUCUUGGCCAAGAUGCCGAGCUGCGUGCUUCUCUCAUAACCAUGUAUUCCAAUUAUGGACUCUUGAAUGAUGCACUACGGGUUUUUGACGAGGUCCCUGUCUGUUCUUUAGAUGAUGUCCUGUCUUGGAAUUCAAUAAUUGCUGCCUAUGUCUUAAAUGGAUGCUUGGUUGAAGCCUUUAGACUGUUUGCUGCUAUGCUCUGUACUGGAGUGUCAGCCCCAACCGAGCAAACUUUUGCUUGCAUUCUCAAUGCUUGUGGUUCUGUGGGAGCUGAGAGAUAUGGAAUGGUAAUUCAUGGAAGGAUCAUCAAAGAUGGUCUAAUUGAUGCAACAAUGGUUGGAAAUUCUCUUGUUACAUUUUACAGUCGGUGUGAGAAAUUGGAAGAUGCAAACCAAUCAUUCAAUUUGAUAUCAGAGAAGAAUGUCGUGUCAUGGAAUGCAAUCAUAGCAGGGAAUGAACAGAAUGGAGAAGCUAAGGCUGCCAUAGAUGUUUUCCAGACGAUGCUAAGAUCUGGACCUGUGGUACAACCAAACCGCAUCACUUUUCUUAGUGUGAUUAAAGCUAUUUUUGGAGUUUCGGCUUUAAAGCAUGGACAAGAGAUUCAUGGUCAUAUGAUCAGAUCAGGAAUUGAGGUUUUAAUAAGCAUAGCAAACUCAUUAAUCGCCAUGUAUUCCAAGUGCAGGGAAAUGGGCAAAGCAAGGGUUGUUUUCAACAGGGCACCAUUAAAGGAUGUGGUCACAUGGAAUUCCAUGCUGACAGCAUAUCAGCAGCAUGAACAAUGGGAGAACUGCUUCAAACUCUUCAAGGAGAUGCAGCUAUCUGGAAUUAAGCCAGAUGAUCAUACUUUUACUAUUAUUCUUGCUUCUGCAACGUCUAACACAUCCGGGUCUAAGUAUUUCAGAGGAGGAAAGGAGAUUCAUGGCUACAUAGUAAGGAGGACUUCUUCAGUAGGAAUGGCUACAUCCACGAGCAAUGCCCUCCUCACAAUGUAUGCAAAGUCCAACCGGAUGGCGGAUGCCAAGAAGAUUUUUGACAGUAUGGGCAUUAGGGAUUCAUACUCUUGGAAUGCGCUGAUGGAUGGAUAUUCCAUGAAUGGGCAGCCUAGUGAUGCUAUCAUGAUCUUUCUGGAUAUGAAUGAGCAGUACUUCCCGGCAGAUAAUUUCACAUUUUCAGUAGUUCUCACUGCCUGUGGUCGAUUGGUUUCCCUGCAACUAGGAAAGCAAUUUCAUGCUAUUAUCAUAAAACACAGCCACCAGAAAGUCCUUACCGGUGAGACAUGUCUAUUGUCGAUCAAUAAUGCCUUGAUAUCCAUGUAUUCAAAGUGUGGAAGUGUGAAAGAUGCGACCCUAAUAUUCUCCAAAAUGGAAAGGAAAGAUGUCUUCUCCUGGACGGCCAUGAUCACAGGGUAUGCACAUCAUGGAAUGGCCUAUGAAUCUCUCCAACUCUUCAAGAGGAUGGAAGAAAACAAUGUCAAGCCUAAUUCUGUAACCUUCCUUGGACUGCUUACAGCUUGUGCUCAUGCAGGUCUAGUUGAUGAAGGUAAACACUACUUCAGCUCAAUGACGAAGGAUCACGGUGUAAAGCCAAGCGUUGAGCAUUAUGCUUGCAUGGUUGAUCUGUUUAGUCGUUUAGGUGACUUAGAAAGUGCUCAGAAAUUGGUUGACGCAGGAACUCCACUCUUCGAUCCCAACCAUGGUGAUUCCGUGAGUCUUUGGAGAGUGUUACUUGGGGGAUGCCAUGCUCAUAAGCAACUUCAGCUUGGUGUGUAUGCUGCAACCAGGAUUCUUGAGUCAGAGCCUGAAGAUGAGACUACCCAUAUCCUUCUGUCAAAUCUUUAUGCUGCUUCGGGUAUGUGGGAGGAUGCAACAAGGGUGAGGAAAUUGAUGAGAAACAAAGGGUUGAAAAAGGAAGCUGGUUAUAGUUGGAUAGAAGCAGCAAACAAGAGACACAUCUUGGUGGCUGGAGAUAUAUCUCACCCAUGGAGGAAGGAGAUCUAUGAGAAGAUGCAGGAGUUGGACAACAGAUGUAGAGCAAUAGGCUAUGUCCCAAGGACUACCGAUGUGCUUCACGAUGUUGAAGAGUUGCAGAAGGAAAUAAUUGUAAGUUUUCACAGUGAGAAACUGGCUGUGUCAUUGGGUCUAUUACAGAGAUGGCCCAAAAGCAAAGCUGCAAUCAGGAUAAUCAAGAACCUACGAAUAUGCAGAGAUUGUCAUAACUGGAUGAAGUUUGUUUCUCAGGUGGAGGGAAGAGAGAUUGUGCUAAGAGAUUCACGUCGGUUUCAUUUCUUCAAGGAUGGGAAAUGCUCAUGUAGCGAUUAUUGGUAG